UUUUUGUUUCUGUUUCCAAGAACAUUUUGGCUAUGAAAAUUUAAAAUGGAUCCUGAAGAGCAGGAGCUGCUUGGUGAUUAUAGAUACAGAAAUUAUUCUUCAGCAAUUGAUAAAGCUUUAAGGAACUUUGAAUCAUCGAGUGAAUGGGCAGAUCUUAUAUCUUCUCUUGGUAAACUUAACAAGGCUCUUCAAAGUAAUUUGAAGUACUCCCUUUUACCGAGGCGUCUGAUUAUUAGCAAGAGGUUAUCUCAGUGUUUACAUCCAGCGUUGCCCAGUGGAGUGCACCUAAAGGCACUAGAGACCUAUGAAAUAAUAUUUAAAAUCAUUGGGACCAAAUGGCUUGCAAAGGACUUGUUUCUAUACAGCUCAGGCUUGUUUCCAUUGCUGGCAAAUGCAGCAAUGUCGGUGAGGCCUGUUCUUCUUGGCCUGUACGAGAAAUACUUUAUCCCACUGCAGAAGUGCCUCCUGCCAAGUCUUCAAGCCUUCUUAAUUGGGCUCCUGCCCGGUUUGGAGGAAGGGUCAGAAAUCUAUGACAGGACAGAUGCUUUACUUGUGAAGUUGUCUCUAGUAAUUGGAAAAGAAGUGUUUUAUUCAGCAUUAUGGGGGAGUGUCCUGGUUAGUCCUUCCAUAAGGUUGCCUGCCUCCCUUUUUGUUGUUAGUCAUAUCAACAGAGAAUUAUCUGGAAAACAGCAGAAGUAUAUGCUGGGAACUGAUGCUAAGCUCAUGGUCAAAGCUUUUUGUGUGUCAAUGCUGGAUUCAAAUGUUCUUGUGCAAAGGAACACUUUGGAAGUGGUUCUCUUCUUCUUCCCAUUUUAUUCCUCUUUGGAUCCCAGUGAAAGUGCUGUUAGACUAUCUAGGUCUGAUAUAGUCCACCUUCUCUCAGCAUCUGCCCAAACUCUCUUAAGAAGAGAUAUGUCACUUAACAGAAGGUUAUAUGCAUGGCUGCUAGGUUCUGAUAUCAAGGGAGGUACUUUUCUACCAGAUCCGUCUGUUUCUAUGUCCUUAGAGGACCAUGCCUUCUACUUUUUUGGGAAAUAUUCCAAAGAUCUUUUAGUUGAGGCGUUGAUUGAAAUACUGCAUCAAAAUUUUGCGGAAUCUGACUUGGAGGAACAGCAUCAUGCAUAUUUGAGACCAUUCCGCAUUCUCAUAAGCCUACUUGACAAACCUGAAAUAGGACCACCAGUUGUUGCGGAUUUGUUUCUUGAAGUCAUCAGAGCAUUCUAUUCUUAUUGCAAGGAUACACUGGGUUCUGAUCUUAAACUUAGUUACAGUCAAACGGGAAAUGUCCUUACAAGUGCAAUCAAAGAAAACAAGAAUGCAUCUGAGAUAGUUAAAACAGCUAAUCUGCUGAUCACAUCCUUAAGCACGGAUUUUCUCUGGGAUUAUAUGACCAGAUGUUUUGAAGACUGCUUCAGAAAUAAAUCUACGCAGACACAACUUAUGACGAGGAAUGUUGCAACCGUUUCAGAACUCUGCACUCUACUGAUAUUUCUUCUAGAUGUAAUACCAUUAGAACUUUAUUCCGAAGUGCAGUCUCUCUAUCUGCCCCAGAUGCUCUGCUGUGUAGUGCAAUCUCUCCUGGAAAACAUGGAAACACUAAGUUUACCAGAGCUCACUCAUGCCUUAAGGACAUGCUUCAAAGUACUUAGCAAAGUGCAGAUGCCCCCUGCCUACCUAGGUACUGAUACAGGAAGCUCAGACACUAGCCCCAUGAGGGAAGAAAACCAGGAACUGACUUCAGAAUCCAAAGUGCUCCAGAAUGAAGAUGACUGUCUUUUUCCUCCGCUCAAGUCUGAAGACAGUGGCAUAGGCCUUAGCACUUCAUCCCCAGAGUUUUCUCAGCACUUGAGAAUACCUAGGGUAACUCCUGAGAAAGAUGAUGUCUGGAAAAAGGGUGGAAGCAUGCAGAAGACCUUGCAGUGCAUCCAGGAACUGGUGGCAAAAUUUGCCAGUAAAUACAUAUUUGUCGUUCAUCUGCAAGAUCCCAGUAAUGUGCAUGCAAGACAAGGGGAGAAAAAAGGAAACCAUUAUCAAGCUGCUGGAAAUAUUUCCAAGAAAAGGAGCUCAUGGGACUCCAAGCAAAUAACUGUGCCUCAGUUUAAGCAGAUGCUAACAGACCUAUUCACUGUCCGAGGGUCCUCUUUUAAACAGAAAGAUCUGGGUCCUCCAUCUCCUUCAGAAGAGCUUGGUGGUGAAAGGGGGAAAAAGGAAGAAGAAUGGGACAUUGACCAAGUUAUGCUUGACUUGGGAGACAUAAGAGAAGACUGUAGAGAGGCCUUUGCAGCUGUAUGCUACCUGUUAUUGGAUUGUACUACAUUCCCUGUUUAUCUUUCUGAGGAGGAAACUGAGGAGCUCCAUUUGUCUCUCUUUCAAGUGCCUGGUGGUUGUGAAUCCAGUUUUCCCCUGUGGCUCAAAUCCCUGAUGACAAUAUGUUGCUGCGUCAAUGACUGCCACAUUCAGAAUGUUGCCAUCUCUGUACUGCUAGAAGUAAUUAACCAAUCCCAAUCAUUGGCACUCGUUAUUGAAGACCGAGUAAAGCGGUAUAAAGUUCCUGGGCAGAACCCCUUCUUUGGAAGACUGCAGAUGGUCACAGUUCCUCCUAUCGCACAUGGGGUUCUCAAACUUAUUUCGGAAAAAACUGAUUUCUACCAGAGAGUUGCUCAAGUGCUUUGGAAUCAGCUAAACAAAGAGACGAGAGAGCAUCACAACACUUGUGUAGAGCUGUUCUACCGUCUUCAUUGCCUAGCUCCAUCUGCUAAUAUCUGUGAAGACAUUAUCUGCCAUGCAUUGCUGGAUUAUGAUAAAGGGACAAGGCUGGAGGCAUUGUUCCGGUUCUCUGUCAUGUGGCAUUUGACCAGAGAAAUCCAAGGCAACAGAGUCACUUCCCACAAUCGCUCUUUUGAUAGGUCUCUGUUCGUUGUAUUGGACAGUCUUAAUAAUUCGGAUGGAGCUAUUGGUGCUGCCGCACAGGGUUGGUUGAUACGAGCGCUGUCACUUAAUGAUGUUGCACGAAUUCUGGAACCCAUCCUUCUGCUUCUGCUUCAUCCCAGGACACAGCGUACCUCUAUUCACUGUGUCAAGCAGAAAAAUUCAGCAGAAGACAUGCAUUUCUGGUACAAAAAGAAAAAAGUCCCUUUCCAGAAGUCCUUAGGGCAUUCUGAAAGCAGCUCUGAAGAAAGUUUGCCAUUGAGCCAGUUUACAACUGUGGACAGGGAAGCCAUUUGGGCUGAAGUUGAAAAAGACCCAGAAAAAUGCCUGCUUAAAAAUGAACUGGCUGUAAGUGAACAUUAUCGGUGUGCAGAAGCUUCACAAGACGUGGACGAGGAGGAUAAUAGUGAACACACAGAGUCUGCUGAUACCAGCACUGGACCUACGGAUAGUGAUAAUACAUCAUCCUUUUCUCCUUCUCUGGACCAUCAGGAUAUGAGCAAUGAUGAGAACUACAGUGGCUCGACAGACGACAAAGAAAGCAUGAAGCUCGUUGGUUCUUCUAAUGUUUAUCCUCCUGAAAGUUCCAAAUCCAGCACCAUGCUCAAUCUGGUACGCGCAGAUUCUGAGAAAACUCAAGCAUCAGAGUCUCUCUCAAGUGAUGAAGAGGUGGAUUUGGAGCUUCAAGCCCUUACCACCGCUAGGUUACUAAAACAGCAGAAGGAAAAACAGGAAAUAGCCGAGGCUCUGUUUAAGCACAUUCUUUUGUACCUGCAGCCGUAUGAUUCCAAAAGGGUCCUAUAUGCUUUUUCUGUACUUGAGGCAGUACUCAAAACAAACCCUAGGGAGUUUAUUGAAGCUGUAGCCAGCACUAGCAUGGAUACUAGCUCCACAGCUCAUCUGAAUCUCAUCUACAAUCUUUUAGCCCGCCACCAGGAAGCUCUGGUGGGACAAAGCUUCUACGGAAAGCUUCAGACUCAGUCACCAACUGUGUGUCCCCAUUCACUGUUAAUAGAGUUGCUGACAUACCUGUGUCUGAGUUUCCUGCGCUCUUACUACCCUUGUUACUUAAAAGUGACUCACAAAGAUGUGCUUGGCAAUAGGGAUGUCCAGGUCAAAAGUGUUGAAGUCUUGAUAAGAAUGAUGACGCAGUUGGCUACAAUGGCCAAAUCAUCAGAGAGCAGGAACACAGAAUUUAUACGCAACUUGCUUGGCAGAUGCAAAGUUCAAGAAUUUGUCCUCCUUUCUCUAUCCGCUUCUAUGUAUGUAAGUCAGAAGUGCUACAGACAUACGAUGGUCAAUAAGACUAAUGGGUUAAGUGAAGAGUGCAUCCUUGAGGAAAGCCUAAUCAACUUUGGUCCUGAUCAGAUUUGGAGCGAGCACCCAUUGCAGAUUGAGCUGCUUAAACUUCUGCAAGUGUUGAUAGUCUUGGAGCAUCACCUUGGACAGACUCAGGAGGAGGUGGAAAAUCAACCAGGCCUAUCUAAGGAAUGGCAAAAGUCACUUAACUUCCAGGAGGCCAUUAGUGCAAUGCAGUAUGUGCAUCCACACCCUAUAACCUCGCAGGGAUUAUUUGUGUCUGCCGUAGUCCGAGGCUUGCAGCCAGAGUAUGGCUAUGGCAUGCAUCCAGCUUGGGUGGGUUUGGUUGCAUAUUCCUUGCCAUUCUUUGGGAGAUCUUUAGGUUGGACAGUGGCACCGUUUAUUGUACAGAUAUGCAAGAACCUGGACGAACUUGUCAGACAGUAUGAAUAUGAAACUCUGAAAGGGUCACCAAAGUCAUCUGUAAGCAUAAAUUCUAAAAGGGAAAACAUCACACCAGAUUAUCCUCUUACCCUUUUGGAAGGACUAACCACUAUUGGCCAUUUUUGUCUUUUGGAUCAUCCAAACCAAACCAAAAAGUCACCGUGGAAUGUUGACCCUAUAAACCUAAAAAAUGCCAGGAAUGCCAUUUUGGAAGAGUUUCCCCGUAUCAUUAACACCAUGUCUCUCCUUUGGGGUGUCAUAAAAAAGGAAGAUUCUCAAAAAAGACCAGCUGACUUCCUUGGAACAAAAGGCUCUUCUUCGGUUUACUUUAAGGCAACCAAAACAUUGAAGAAUAAAAUCCUUGACUUCUUGAAUCCCCUCACUGGGCAGCUUGGAGUACAACUUAUAGCUGCAGUAGCAGCAGUGUGGAGCAGCAAAAAAUCUCACAGGCAUCAAAACAAAACAAAGAUUCCUCCCGCAGCUAGUGCAUCUCAGCUUAUACUUCUUGAUCUAGUUUGUGCCCUAAGUACUCUGAAGACAGACACUAUAUUGCAGCUUGUAAAAGAAGUUGUAAAGAAACCAUCCCAAAUCAAAGGUGAAGAGAAAUCUUCUCUAGUGGAUAUCCCAGUGCUCCAGUUCUGCUAUGCUUUCAUACAAAGACUUCCUGUCAUAGCCUUGCAGGAGAACUUCCAGUCAUUGUUAGGAGUGUUGAAGGAGUCUGUGCAGCUGAAUUUGGCACCACCUGGUUAUUUCUUGCUUCUCAGCACUCUGAAUGAUUUUGUGACUAGAACUCCAAACCAAGAAAACAAGAAGGAUCAGAAAGACCUGCAGGAGGUAACCCAGAAAAUAUUGGAAGCCGUCGGGAAUGUUGCUGGUUCUUCACUAGAACAAACUAGCUGGCUGAGCAGGAAUCUGGAGGUGAAAGCUCAGCCUCAGGUUGCUUUAGAUGAGCCCAUGGCUGAAGAUGAUUUCUGCGAUACAUCAGCAGUACCUUCUUCAAUGGUCUCUGCCUCUGCUCCAUCAGUGUACAGUGUUCAGGCCCUCUCUAUCCUUGCAGAGGUUCUUGCUUCUCUCCUGGAUAUGGUUUACCGGAGUGAUGAAAAAGAGAAAGCAGUGCCUUUGAUCUCGCGUUUGCUGUAUUAUGUGUUUCCUUACUUACGCAAUCACAGUGCCUACAAUCUUCCUAGCUUUCGUGCUAGUACACAGUUGCUCAGUUCUUUAAGUGGCUAUGCUUAUACCAAGCGCGCAUGGAAGAAAGAUGUCUUAGAACUAUAUAUGGAUCCAGCUUUCUUCCAGAUGGAUACUUCAUGCAUUCAUUGGCGAGCCAUUAUCGAUCAUCUUCUGACACAUGAGAAAACUAUGUUUAAAGAUUUGAUGACUAUGCAGAGCAGCUCUUUAAAACUUUUUCCAAGUUUUGAGCAAAAGGCAAUGUUGUUAAAGCGUCAGGCCUUUGCAGUUUUCAGUGGAGAAAUUGAUCAAUAUCACCUUUACCUUCCUUUAAUACAAGAGCGACUGACUGAAAACCUGCGUGUUGGACAGACUUCUGUAGUAGCUGCCCAGAUGUUUCUGUUCUUCAGGGUUCUUUUGCUAAGAAUUUCCCCUCAGCACCUAACUUCAUUAUGGCCGAUCAUGGUGACAGAGCUGAUUCAAGCAUUUAUACAGCUAGAGGAAGAUUUAGCUGAAGAGGAGGAACCAGCAAAGCACAACAGCAAAAUAAGUAAACAGAAAACAUCAGAGGGCAAUGGCCCGUUGCUUGGUGACAUACAGCAGAACGAGCUCUCCUUGUAUUUAUCAGCCUGCAAAUUCUUGGACACUGCACUUUCUUUCCCACCUGACAAGAUGCAAUUGUUUCAAAUGUACAGGUGGGCCUUUGUUCCAGAGGUGGACACACAUGCUUACAGCAUGACAUCCUCAGAUCUAAUGGAAAAUCAUCAGGAAUGCAAACCGCAUAUUGUUAGAAUUGUGGACUUAAUAAAGCGGAAAUAUGGGGAUCAAACUACCAAUGAGAGAGCAAAAAAGCACUAUAGCUUCCCUCUUUUGGACCUUCGUUCUAUCUCGAGCAUCACACAGUUAAUGCCAUUCUUCAGGAUACUAAGCUGUGCUUUCAAAACUGAAAGCAACAAGGCACUGAAUACGCAUAGCUCAAAGGAUUUCAAACUGGACUAUCCAACUGGCAGUGGAACAAGGACACUGAAACUACUGGAAGAGUGUGUGGAGCAUGACUUUAUAGAAAAUAUGGAAAGUUAAUAUGCUUUAAAGUACUUGCAUUAUACGAAGGUUGUAAUUGUCACUCAGUUUCAGUUGUAUUGAAAAAAUGUAAAUAUGAGAAUGAAACAUUUUAAUGUUGACAGAUUUUACUUGUUUUUUUUUCCUACUGUUGUAAUCUUUCACCUGUUCUAUGUAUUGUUGAUAAGUGGCAUGUUGCCCUCAGGUUUUGUGGAAGCAAAUUAGCAUUAUAAUGUGCACAUGUCUUAAGAUGAUUUUUGUUUGUUUGUUUUACUUCCAAAGUAAAACAAGCAUACUUUAGUUCCUCAUGUAAUGAAGGCAAUAGAUAGCAAAUCAAUCUGGACAAUACUAUAAUUUAUAGGAAAUUUUAAAGACAGGAUCAAGAUAAACAUGGAAUAUUUAUAACAGGCUUGUUGGCAGAUGGGAACACUCUUCUGAAGUUAUUUUAGUCCUGCCUCUGAACAUCUCUGUAGUAAGCAGAUGCAAACAAAAUAGCAUGCUGUACGAAUAUCUGUUAACAAAUCUUUUCUAACAAAAUAUCUGUGAUCCUUCUGCCGUAGCCUUUAUAGCCUAAGCCUGCAAGCAAGAGUUGGCCUUGCUGAUCUUAAUGGAAAUUGCUUUUUGGUAAAUAUUCAUAAGAUUUUAGGUUACAAGAGAUAUGUUUGCAUAGGAUAUAUACGACUAAG